AUGGCCCAUGCUCUUCGCAGAAUAUCGUACGCUACUUGUGAUGCCGUCCACAAACAAGUCGCAUUUUUGGCGAGAGAACCAUCAGGAUUUGGUAAUCUACAAUAUUGCCAUGUGUUUGUGAUGGAAUCGCCGUGUGAUGCGGAAGAAUUAAAUCGGCUGAUUGGAAACGCCUUCAAAUUUGCCUAUGUUCGACAGCGCCUUAUUAAGCUUCAUCAAGCUGGAAAACAUGAUUUUUCCACUCCAGUAAAUAUACCUCAACUUAGCGAUUGUCAUCCUGUUUGGCUUCCUCAAACUGAACAAAAUCCCAACAGUCUUUCUUUGUUAAGCACUCUUAAACUCCCCCCACCUCCAGAGUUCCCUCCCCCCGUUUCAAUCGAAAAUGGAACUACAGCCGAACGGCAAACUAAUCUGUCAUCUCCGGGCAUCCAUUACACCAAUACAGAUGUUACUUCAACAUGUGAUGAUCCUGUCGCUAGUACUAGCACUAUUAUGUCUACUUUCUGCCAUGAUUCACUCGAAUCAUCUACUGUAAAUAUGUACAAAAAAGGCAUUAUUAAGCAUGAAUCUUUACCUGUGACAGUAGAAAAUCCAACAACUUCAUCCUCUUCGUCAGAUAACGAUCCUAACCAACUUUCUGUUCAUUCAGAUUCUGUACUAGUCAGAGAUAAAGGACUAAACAAUAACAGUCAGUCUAAUAAAGAUGCUAGUGAACUGGAGAAAAAACUUCACCGCAUUUCGACUCCACAAGCCAUAGAUUUGGCGUUCUUACGUCGUCAUUUUCUUCGACGAAGUGAGGGCAAAGGAUCUGAAAACCCCAAAAAUGUCUGUGGUGGUAGUGCCAGGCAACCCCGCUUACGCCAAGGUUCAACUCUCUCAAAUCUCCUGUCGUCUGCACGGCAUAGCUCAUUUUUCCCAAGCUCUUCUAGUUGUGUUAUUGACAGUACAAAUAUCCUCCCCAAAACUUCACAGUCACAAGAAACUCCGGAUGUGUCUGAUAUAUUGAACACUCCUAACCCCACUCGCAGACCACCUAUAUUUGUGGAUCUCCGUACUUUUGCCGGAGGAAGUCCAGUUGUUGCACUAAAAGAACGUUUGGAUGCUCAAGCUAUUGCAGAUGCUAAGGCAUCUGCUUUUGCCGAGGCUGCGGCUGUCCUUGCAGCUGCAAAACAGGUGUCAUCCAGGUCCUUAGCUCCUUUGCAGCCAGCCACGAACAAUACCUCAAAAAAUGUAGAACAGCUGACUAAACCAACAAUGUGUCCUAUUACCAGUCGUACUCCGAACUCGCCAUCCAGUGGAAAUUCAUCAUCGGUAGAAACUUCCGAUUUAUCUCCACCUAUACCACCAGUCAGAAUGCAUUCACUCAGAAGAAGUCAUGAACAGUAUAACUCAAAGAAUUUUUCACCUCAUUUAUCAACUUCCAGUCCUGUACCUGAAGACUUGUUUAAUGAAUUAGAUAAAGACGAAGAUCGUGAAAUUGUAGAGUCAAUCGAAGCUGUUAUGAAAGCAGCAUCAUAUGAUUCAAAUAGUCCAAAAGAAACAAAACCAAAGCAUCAAAAUACAGAAUGCAAUCCUUCCAACAUUACUUCAUAUCGUAACACUACUUUAUUGGUUGAUGUCCCUGAUGUACCUUGUCAUUCAAAGGAUUUCAAGCAGCAAUAUAUAGAUGGUUCAAGGAUUUCCCAACCUAGUGUUUACAAGCAAACUCAAAAUAGUACUAGAUCAUCAGAAUUUCAUGGAAAUAUACACGUCUCUUCUGGAAACUCUCAUCUUCGUGGUAAUAUGGGCUCUCAACCUCAACCACAGUAUCCUUUUGAACAACUUAUUGAACUCAAUCGAAAUGAUACCCAACAAGAAAAACCUCAUUCAUAUACACCUGAUAUGAACUUUGUUAGUUCUUCUUUACACGAUCCACUCCAAGUUUUGGCCGAUACAACAUUUCAAGAUACACAUAGAAAGCAAAUAUUUCCUUCAACCGUAUCUAACAAUGUUCGUGUUAUGCCUACACCAGGAUCGAUAAUGUCGACGUCAUCACUUUCAACAGAGACUCCAACACCAACUGCCACUCCUACACCAACUCCUGAACAAACCUCUCAGUUUCAGGGAUGUAAUAAAAAUGCUGGUGAUAGUGAUAAUUCUUUAAAUCAAGCGCCUUGGUUUCAAGCUAUGCUACCCAGAGAAAUAGCAUUUGAAUUGCUCGCUAAAGAAGAGGUUGGCAGCUUUUUAGUUCGCAACAGCGCUACUCAUCCUGGUUGUUGUGCUUUAUCUGUUCGAGUGCCAAAUAAGGAUAAUCCUAUAGGAAUAACCCAUUACUUAAUACAAAAAACGAAUCGAGGCGUUCGGUUAAAGGGUUUGGACAAGGAGUGGCCAUCCCUACAAGCUCUCGUUACUCAUUUGACUGUCAUUCCAGAGAUGCUUCCAUGUCCUCUCAAGCUUCCACAAUAUACUGCUAAUCCUAUCUUUACACAGUUCGAUCUGCAAUUGACAAAUGGCCCAGCAGACGAAAUUCCUAAGCAACAUCGUAACUAUAACAUCAAAUCAUCACAAACAGAAGGGGGUGAAAAUAAUCGUGUCACCAACUCAGACUUAUCCAGUCACCAUCCCCAGCGUACACUUCAUUCAGUCGCAGAUCUUCCUUGUAGACCAGUCCUACCAUCAUGUGCUACUAUUUCUCAUUUCAGUCCUGCUAAUCCUUUUGACCAAAACUUAUCAUCCCACAACAUGAUAGCAAAAGAUCCACCUGUACUUGGCAGUUAUCAAGUAUCAAAUUUAUCACAAUGCAAAUCACAAAUGCCUAAUUGGUUAAUGAAUCAAUUAAAUAAUGAUGAUAAUCAUUCGUCAACUAAAAAUUCAGCAGACAGUUCAAAUCAAAUAUCAUUGAAAACAGAUUGUAUUCAUUGGAAGCAGAACUCCGUAGAUUUAGCAUGUAUUUCUCAGUCUGAGUACAUAGAUGAACAACGGUUUAUGAAUGAAACUAAUAACAGAAAUAAUCGAAAAUUAAGUUAUACAACAAAUGAUCUAUCAAAAAAUAAUGCUUGUUUAUUGCUAGAUUACGCAGAAGAAGAUGAAGAUUAUCAACGUUUGUCCGAUUUUUCUUCCAUAUUGGCUGAUUUAAAUCUUGUGCAUGAAAGACCUUUGACUAGUUGUUAGUGGGACUUUUCCAAUCAUACUACUUACAUUAUACUAUUUGUUAACAUUUAUUCUAUAUUAAAUUCAUUUCAGCCACAUCAUUCGUAUUCUAUCAUAGCUACUUUCAUAGUUCAUAAUUUGUAUAUUGAAGAAGUAAAAUGGUCCAUUUACGACAUAACUUUAUUUAUUUAUUUAUUUCUCUUUGAAUCACUGAAUUAAAAUGUUUGGUAGUAGUUUUUUAUUAUGUACAAUGGUUCAAACUACCAUCACCAUAAUUCUCAAUAAGCUCACAUGAAAUUGUAUCUGUUUUUACAUGAAUACAAUAUUAAUGUGUUUAUCUCAUAUCUUUCAUUUGUCUUAUUUGCCAUUCCUAAUGGUUGUUGUUAUUACAUGAAUGUCAGGUUAGGUUACUUAAAUUAUUUUGCUACCUCUGUUGGAUAAUAUUCUGUUAUUGGUUUCUUAUUGUUGUUUUCUCUGUGUAAUAUAUAAACUGGGAAACUUAUUUGCCAUUCGUCUUAGUUAGAUCUUUGCUUGCAGAUAAUAUAUACAACCACGAGUCCAAACUUCUAUAAAUAUAUCGUGUUCUAGUUCUUAUCAUUAUUACAAUGCAUAAAAGAGAUUUUCUAAUUUGGCCUUCCUUAUUUGUAUGCAAGUCUUUUGUUUUCGUUUCGUUUUUUUGCUUACUUCUCUGUUGUCACUUCAGAUCAUACAAAAAACUCAUUAUGAGACAAUGACAGAAUGAGAUUCCUCAAAAAUAUAUAUAAACAC